GAUGGCAUUAUUACUUUAAUCAAGAAAAUGAUGAUCAACAAGAUUCUAACAGCGAGAAAAUUAUUUUGACUGAUACAUCACAUGAAGGAAAGUAUUUUAAAUUUAUCUUACUUUCCCGAGGAUUUCGCGAGUUGAUCGAGUUUUCAAUAGUAGGCGGUGAUAUGUAUGAGAAAUGGAUCAAGUCAGAAGACCUUCAUAACUCUCAAUUGCUUUCGAUUCGUUCAGGCGAUGAAAUGGACGUGGAAGACCCGUAUCGUGUUAUUCUAUUCGAUGACAUUCGUACGUUCUUCUUUGACUUGACGUCGCCUCAAUCGCGUAAGGAGUUUAUUUACUCCUGUUUUGCUUUUGUCGGCUUAACAUUCAAUCCUGGCUAUUCUUCAUCGAACCCGUUGGUUUUGGAUACUUUUUUGAACUCCAAGCUUAUCAACAAGUCCAUAGCGAAUGCUUGCUUUUGGACGGCUGAUAUUUCGUUUUCUCACGAGUUCAAGUUUCCGCUAAAGGCAUUUCCUCAAGAUGAUACUAUUUUGUUUCCAUCGCGCGAUUG